AUGCAGCUAGAACACUGCAUCUCACCAGCUCUCGCUCUCUCCAAGAAAUGUAUGGGUGUGGGCAGUGGCUACCCAAACUCAGAGAGCUCUGAUCUCGCCUUACACGGCCACCCUAUUACAUCUGCUCGUGACAACCUGGAGAGAAGUUCACCACUGAAAAAAAACUCCGCUGGGAUGACGAAUCAGUCAGAGGCGGACAAUUUCUCCGACUCCAAGGACUCGUCUGGAGACGUGCAGAGAGGCAAACUCUCUCCGACGCUCGACGGAGUAGCUGACAUUCGUCACAACUUCGAUGGAUCUGCUGGAGAAAGGUAUCUCCUGUCGCAGUCCAGCCAAGCUCAGCCGCUCUCCGCCAGCCCCGCUGCCAUGUUUCCCUACCCGAGCCAGCACGCCCCGACGCACCCGGCCUUUUCCAUCGGAAGUCCGAGUCGCUACAUGGCGCAUCACCCGGUCAUAACGAACGGAGCGUACAACAGUUUACUGAGUAACACUUCCCCACAGGGCUACCCGAGCGCCGGGUACCCGUAUGCACAGCAGUACGGCCAUGCGUACCAGGGAGCCGCUUUCUACCAGUUUAGCUCCGCACAGGCCGGACUGCUACCGGGCAAAGCGCAGAUCUACCUGUGCAACAGGGCACUGUGGCUUAAGUUUCACCGCCAUCAGACCGAGAUGAUUAUUACCAAGCAAGGACGGCGAAUGUUCCCGUUCUUAAGUUUUAACAUAUCUGGCUUGGACCCGACGAGUCACUACAAUAUUUUUGUGGAUGUGAUUCUCGCCGAUGCCAACCACUGGCGCUUUCAGGGGGGUAAAUGGGUUCCGUGUGGAAAAGCCGACACCAAUGUGACAGGAAACAGAGUGUACAUGCAUCCAGAUUCGCCAAACACGGGCGCGCACUGGAUGCGCCAAGAGAUUUCUUUUGGAAAACUGAAAUUAACGAACAAUAAAGGGGCAUCAAACAACACCGGACAGAUGGUGGUGCUCCAGUCUCUGCAUAAAUACCAGCCGCGGCUGCAUGUGGUGCAGGUGAAUGAAGACGGAACGGAGGACACGAGCCAGUCGGGCCGAGUACAGACCUUCACCUUCCCUGAGACCCAGUUCAUCGCUGUCACAGCUUAUCAAAAUACUGAUAUUACACAGCUAAAAAUCGACCACAAUCCAUUUGCAAAAGGAUUUCGGGACAAUUAUGACACAGUGUACACAGGUUGCGACAUUGACCGUUUGACUCCGUCCCCGGGUGACUCUCCGCGCUCUCAGCUCAUGUCGGGUGCGCGCUACGCCGCCAUGCCGGGCUCCUUUCUGCAGGACCAGUUUGUCAGCUCGUAUGCCAAGUCCCGCUUUCACCCUGGCGUCGGGGGUGCUCCUGGCACGGACCGUGGCGUCCCGCUCGGCAACAGCUUGCUCUCGCCGCAGCAAACCGACGAGACCGCGGUGGGCUCCCCGCAGCGCUGGUUUGUCACCCCGGCCAACAACCGACUGGACUUCGCCGCUUCAGCGUACGACGCUGCCGCCGCGGCCGAUCUAGCGGGCAACGCGGCCACGCUGCUCUCGUACGCGGCUGCCGGAGUCAAGACCCUUCCGCUGCCCGCGGCCGGCUGCUCCAAUCGAGCCUUGAGUUAUUACGGAGAUGCGACUGCAUGGGGAGCGCGCACUCCGCCUCAGUACUGCGGGAAAUCCGGUACAGUCCUUCCCUGCUGGCCCUCCAACUCAGUCCCCGGCCGGACCGCGGCUCCUGGUUACCUGGUCGGACUGGAUGAGGGUGACCCCGCAGCGCCCGAGAGAUCCCCGUUAGGUACUACCGAGGACACCAAACCCAAAGACCUGUCCGAGUCCAGCUGGAUAGAAACUCCCUCCUCAAUUAAGUCGAUCGACUCGAGCGAUUCGGGUAUUUUCGAACAGGCCAAGCGGAGGAGGAUCUCUCCAUCUGCCACGCCGGUUUCAGAAACAGCAUCACCGUUAAAAUCUGAAUUACUGACGCCCAGGGAGUGUGAGAAGAACUGCUCCAAGGACAUUGGCUACUACAGCUUUUACUCACAUAGUUAG